GAGCGCGGAGAAUCUUCGGGAAGGCGGCGAGGUGGGGGCGGAGCUGAGGACGAGCUCUAACCCCGAGACCGCGUCAGCAGAUGGACGCCUCCGCGGAUUAAUGGCUGGGCGGAAGUCAAGCGUCACCCGACGCGUGACGUAUUUCCUGUUUGUUGUUGGAGAAAGGGAGAGAAAGGAAAGCGCGAGAAAUCGCCGCCGCCGCCUCCACCAGUAUCAGCUGUGCGGUACCUGAAAGGAGACCACGGGCUCCACUGACCAGCCUCUGCUCCUCCCUGUCGCUGGCUGGCAACCUUCUCGGGACUUGUUCCAACAUCUGUUAAAACAUGGUGGAUUACUAUGAAGUUCUAGGCGUGCAGAGACAUGCCUCAGCUGAGGAUAUUAAAAAGGCGUAUCGUAAAUUGGCACUGAAGUGGCAUCCUGAUAAAAAUCCUGAGAAUAAGGAAGAAGCAGAGAGAAAAUUCAAACAAGUAGCUGAGGCGUAUGAGGUGUUAUCAGAUGCUAAAAAACGGGACAUCUAUGACAAAUACGGCAAAGAAGGAUUAAAUGGUGGAGGUGGAAGUCAUUUUGGUAGGCCAUUUGAGUUUGGCUUCACAUUCCGUAAUCCAGAUGAUGUCUUCAGGGAAUUUUUUGGUGGAAGGGACCCAUUUUCAUUUGACUUCUUUGAAGAUCCAUUUGAGGACUUUUUUGGAAAUCACAGAGGUCCCCGUGGAAGCCGGAGCAGAGGCACAGGAUCCUUUUUCUCUGCCUUCAGUGGGUUUCCAUCUUUUGGAGGUGGAUUUUCUUCUUUUGAUACAGGAUUUACUUCAUUUGGUUCACUGGGUCACGGGGGCCUUACUUCAUUCUCUUCCACAUCAUUUGGUGGUAGUGGGCUGGGCAACUUCAAAUCUAUAUCAACUUCUACUAAGAUGGUUAAUGGCAGAAAAAUCACCACAAAGAGAAUUGUUGAGAAUGGUCAAGAAAGAGUAGAAGUUGAAGAAGAUGGCCAGUUAAAGUCCUUAACAAUAAAUGGUGUGGCAGACGAAGACGCCUUUGCAGAAGAAUGCAGGCGAAGAGGACAAAAUGCCCUGCCCUCUCAGCCAGCUGGUGUCCGCUCGCUGAAGUCUCACAGACCUGCCACCUUACCCAAACAUGGCUCUCACUAUAUUUGUGAGGACGAUGAUGAGCAAGAUAGACCUCGGGUCACCAGCAGCUGGGAUCCCUCCGUUUUUUCAGCAGGUGUGCAAAGGGAAACUAACGUGGAGCAUACAAAAAGUGAUACUUCCCUUAAUUCACAAGGAAAAAGAGGACAGAAAGCAUCCCUGUGCUGUUGUGUUCUGACCUGAGCAGGGUGAGAUCGGGGGGAUGUUGUGGGGGAAGAGCAGGUCAAAGGCUGGUUAGAACAAGACUGGGUAGGAAGUUUGUAUGCUCUUGCUCACCCAUCUCCAGGAUAUCCUUGAAGUAAUCUUUAACCUCAGUGGCUCAAAGCUUCCCCCACAAUUAAAAUAGGGUCACAGUCUUCUUUGUGUAUGAACUGUAUUGUUGUCCUGGGCAAAGGUGCUGAUUUUACCUUAAAUGCUCCCAGAUUCUGCAUUUUAUAACUUUCAAUUUAGUGCUUAAGAUCACUGUAACUUACCCCUGACACAUGCCCCAGAGGCCAGUCAUGGGCAGAGGAUGAAAAACAGGUGAAGUUGUGCACUGCAGAUUAGUAAGUAAGCACAGGUAAGCCCAUGCCUGCCUACCUUACUGAGUAAUCUGUCCCUGCCAAUCACCACCUCUUGACGACUUAUCUAAGAGAGUGCAUGCAAGUGGACAAGGAUUCUUCGUAAGAUGUAGCCUGGGACUAGGCUAUCAGUAGAAAGCUUAUACAUAACUAAUGGACAGUUUGUGGAAUCUCAGUGUCAAAAUGAUUUGUAUUUGUUUUCUACCCUUCCCACCCUUAGGUGUUCAAUUUUAUUUUCUUGUGCCUUCAUUUGUGUUUGAUUCAAAACAGAGCAAAAAACCAGAGUCAGAUCUGAUUGAAAAAGUUUGAUUUGUGCCGAUGCACUAUGCAGUCGAAGCAUAAAUGAAGUUUAAACCUUGAGUCUCCUUCCAGCUCUGGCAGGUGCUGAUGACCCCAUGUAUCUACAGCCUGGGCUCUGCCCUCUUCCAGGUGCUGGACUCUCGAUUUCUUACAGAGCCUGUGCAGUGAUUUCUCCAUAGUCAAUGCUGGAUUAUCUUUUAGGGUGUCACUGUGCAUUUAGGUUUGAACAUGACUGAGCUCUAAAGCCAAAUAUAAAUUUUUCUGGAAUUAUUCAUUAGUUUGAAGUACCCAUUCCCAUUGCUUUAAGUAGCAUAGUUGGCCAUAUCAGAUUAUGUUUGGAGAAACGUGUUGAUACUUGAUGCUUACUUUUAGGUAUACGUAAUGAGGUUAAUUCUGUGGAUUUAGGGCAAAACGGUAUUGUCUAAGCAGAAAAUUAAAAGAAUGAGGGUUUGUUUCUUCUCCUGGGACUUUUUAUUGGAAAAUCAGUAAUUGCAGUGGUCUGCUGUGCUGCACAUUGUCCCCACCUGAAGGUGUGUUGUUUUCCGAUGGCGGACAGGCAGCCACCUGCAGUGCUGCUGCAGAUACCGCUGGGCUCUCUGGUGGAGAUGUGGCAGCGAAAACAGACGGAUGAUUUGGAGACAGUAGCCUUUUCCUGUGUAACUGAAUGAGCAAUAGAGGUGUGUGUGAAUGCAGAGUGAAUUUCCUUCUGCACUAAAUGGGCUUGAGGAAGUUUUCCCAGGAGUGAUUGUCGGCUCUGGGUACUGAGUGGUUUGAGGGUGGGUUGGGGAAGAGGUGAUGCUAUAUUAAGGGGUCUUAGCAAGGAAAAGGAUAGAGCAGGGUGGUAGAUUUAGUGUCCUUGAACAAAUGCCAUUUGAGUCUUUAUUUAAAAGGCUGAGUCCAUUUAGUUUGGAAGGGCACUGUAACCUGGCAUACUAUGUCAUAAUUUCUCCUGCCCCAAAAGAGGGUGUGCAGGUACUGGCCUGCCUGGAUCAGCCUUGUUUAAAUGUCUAGGAAGCCUACUGGAACAGUAAGAGUAAACAUUACAAGCAGACAGGGCUGCAAAGGGCAUAGGGUUAUUUCAAAAGUGGGCACGGGCUUCUCAGCUGUAGGCACUUAUCUGUAUAGAUUCCCAAAGCCUGUGCCUGUUGAAUGAAGGAGACUUGCUGCCACAGCUGGGGAUUUGGGGAAAGUAGGCAUUAGUAAUGACAACAGAAAAAGGAAUCAUUCCCCCUCAAAGCUAGUUGUUUUGUCAUUUUUUUUUUCACCUGGUCGCUUACUACAUAUUUUUUUCAAGUAGGGAAAACUAGUUAACUUGGGAAUCCCAACUCAAAUCCUUAUACACAAAAGCCGAGUAAUGCACUUAUUUUUCCCAGACUCUUCACUUGGCUGUAGGUACGGUUGACGUUCACCUUGUAUUCCUGGAUCUUUAGUCCUUCUCCAUGCAACUGGAGGCGGUCUCUCUUUUUUGGUGUUUGUUUCCUUUUCUCAAUCAUGUUGUGAGGCCUUGAAGAGAGUGUUAAGGUAAAAGCAUCAAGUUAGAAACAUAAUUUUCAUACAGACAUAUAGUGAGUAUGAGUCAAAGGUUUCUAUUUAACUCACUGAGAAUGACAAAGCUACUUCAAAGGAAGAUUCAAGAAACUGAUAAAAGAGUAGGAAAAAAAAUGUUGGGUAAAAUUGCAAGAUUACAUACUUUAAACUGAUUAAUGCCUCACAGAGCAAUAAUACCAUACAUAACCUUUGAGGUUAUCUUUUACCACACAAAAAUCAUUCAUACCUUAUUAAUCCAACUUCCCAUCUGGGUGCUAAUUGAUAGUAAAGAAUAGGUUGAACAAAGUUCCAUUCCCUCUUGGAGACUCAUACUGAGACUUUGCUGAAAUCCCCCUGUCAUGGAAAACAGGUAUGGUUGAUCACCCUAGCCUUAGAUGACCCGUAGGCAGGCUUUUCUCUGCUCUAGUGUGACCUUGAAAGGUCAUGCAAUAAUCUUUUUGCCUUAUUUCCAAGUUUUGGAUAAUUUUUCUUAAAAAGAAAGAUGUAGUAGGGAACUUAGUUACCCCAGAAGUGUUGGGUAGCCGUGCUUCACCCAUCAGACCAAUCACCAGACUGUAAGAGGGCUCUGUCUGACGUCAGCACUCAUGAAGCUCCUUUCUGCUUGUUGAGUUAUAAUGAGGUAUGGACACACACUGUCCUGGUAGUUUCUAGAAGUGAUUUUUCUGGCUAAAAAUUAGCUCUCACUUAAAGUGCACUACUUAACAAUAUUGACUACAUUGCUUAUGUGAGAAUGUCGCAUAUUUGCUGUCCGAGAUAAAAGUGAGUGGUAAUUUUAUUUUCAGCUAGAGCGAGUUUAUUGUUCAGGUAACUUGGUGGUGGAAUGAAAAUGUAAUGCAGAUUUGACUUGCUGGUAUCUGCCAUUUUGUUGAAUGUGCUAUUACAUUAAAUUACUAACCUUCUUUAAAACUUGCUAUGUUUUAUUUUAGAGGGUGGAGGCAAUUGUAUUGCAUAUUGGGUGUCACUUGAAACCAGAAAAUCAUGAAGUAAAAUUUGGAAAAAGGAUUACAAUAUUUUUCAUUUAUGAAUUCUACACAUAUUGUAGGUCCAUCAAAAACAUGUAACCAUUAAAAAGGCAUUAAAAAGGAGAAUAAAAUUAUUCAACAUGAAAAAAUUCAUGAAUGAAAGAAUGAAAUUGAUCCUUUAACUUUUUUUUUUUUAAAUUUGAAGAAAGCACAACUUACCCAGGAAUGCUGUAGAAUGUUUCUCUUUUUCUAAACACAGCAUGGAACUCAGGGAACUAAUGAUUGGUGUUUAACCCUGAGUUUAGCUUUUGAGCGCUUGAAGUUUGUCUUUUUAAUGAAACUAAUUUAUGUCUUUAUAUACUAUUUCUUUGUUAAGAGUUUUCAGCAGUUUUUUAGAAGUAUGUUUCUCUGAAGGCCCUUAAAAAGACAGUCAUUGGUGUGAGAACUUUGUUAAAAUAAGUAUGAAGUAAACUUUAACAGUUCUAGUGAAGGUCUAAUCACUGUUUAAUAAAUUCUGGACAAGUGAGAAGGAGGCAGUGGACAGAGCCAUCUCUGUGCGUUAUUUCCCUGGGUGGCGCACAUGUUUAAGCGCUCGACUGCUAGACAAAAUGUUGGCAGUUCAAACCUACCCAGAGGUGCCUUAGAAGACAGGCUUGGCAAUCUGCUUCUAAAAGUUCACAGACUUGUAAACCCUAUAGUUUUACUCUGCACACAUGAGGUUCCAUAAGUCAGAAUCUACUCCAUGGCAACUAACAACAACAACAAGAAGUUCAGGUGAAAGAAUGAUUUUUUUUUUCCCCUUUUUAACUUAAAUUUAAAAAAUUUUUAAUUAUAUACCAAAGUAAUUCUACUACAUAAUAAUAUACUAAAGUAAUGGACCCAUGUGCCCACCACCCACUUAACAAUUACCAGCUCUUGAUCAGUCCUGUUUUAUUUGCACUCUUAACUCAAUGCCCCCAACUUCAUAUUAUUUUGAAGGAAAUUCCAGACAACAUGUCAUUUUAUCUGUAAUACUGGGAUAUUUGCUUCUAAAGAUAAGGAUGCAUUUUGAAUCAUAACCACAACACUACUAUCUUACUAUUUUUUCAAUUGUGUUAAAAUUGCCAAUGCAACGUUUUUUACAUGUACAAUUCAGUGCGACUAGUUACAUUGAUCAUGUUGUGCAACCUUCACCAAUAUAUCUUACUAAUUUUGAAAUUAAAAAUACCUUAACAUCAGAAAGGAUGAUUUUUUUUUUUUUUUAUUAAGCACAUAUUCCUUUGUUUCGGGCUGGGGACCUUGCUUAGGGUUGGUUUUGCUGAAUAUUAGGUAUACAAAAUAACCAUAUCUUUGGGCAGGAAAUCAGAUAUGCUUUGGUUUUGAACUUAAUGCACCUCAAGGUUUACGAGGACAUACUGUGGCAUGAGCUGUGUGUUAAGGCAGAGUUUCCAGAAAGACCUGGUUUGAGGAAAGGAAAGCUUGCAUUGUGCGCUGGCUGUUUCUGGCACUCUUUUCUGUGGCCACGUCUCCUUACAGUUAAUUCCUACGCUGUCAAUCACUUACUUUGCAUUUCGCCACCUAGCUUUCUUUCUGUGACUAGGAUGCCCCAGACUUGCUUGGUUAAGGAGCCCCUUCCUUUGGAGUGUGUAGUUAAGGAAUUGGUAUAUGUUAAUUAGCUACAGAGGUCAGGUAUACAGUAGGAAUUGGAGAAUCAGUUUUAAACCAAAAGACAACUCAGGUUUAUCUCUUUUAGAGUACUUAUAUUCUUGGUCUCUUCCAUUUACCCAGAUAAUUAAGCUUAUCUUCAUUUCAUUCCUUUCAAUUUGAGACCUUUACUAAAAAUACAAUUUAUAUAUUGAGUGUGUUUGAAUUAGACAAGAACAGAGAUGUUUCUGUUAAACUUCUGGUUUUUUUCUUUAGUUUUUGUUUUUUAUAAGAUUUUGAAGGGCCUUUGCCAACUAAAUACAGAGUGGGCCCUAGAGAUAAAUUAAAACUUCUUUUUCUCAGUUCAACUCCAAGCGUUUACUUCCAUAGUGACAAGAGAAUUCUGGUCACUUAGAGGUACUUGGGAACCCUGGUGG